AUGGAUGCCUCUGCAGAAGCGAGUGCAUCAGCGCCGGCGGUAGUGUUCAAAAGGAAGCGCGGUCCUGCGUCAAGAGCCGCAACCUCCACUUCCACAAAUGGCGCUACUUCAUCGUCCACAACCAGCAGCAACGCUGGGCCCUCCAAGGCAUCUCACAGCGUUUCGAACGCAACUUCGUCUCGUCUAGACAGCGACUCGGAUAAUGAGGGCUUCGGCUCGUCUUCUGCAGUUGUCAUCAAGAAGAAGCGCACCAACAAUAAUCCCCUCGUCCAAUCAACUGGAGCAGUGUACCGCAAGUCCAAGCUUGGUAGCACGGGUACGGGUGACAGUGAUGACGACGAACUCGACGCCUCAUCAUAUGGGCUUGAAGGCGAAGGGAGGUCUAGAUUUCAACCGAGCCAUAGGGAUCGAAUCGGAGAUUCCAGCGCGUCACUGACAGCCAACACCGCCACCGACAGUCUACAAAGGAUACGAGACGACGCCACACGUCACAGCGACUGGGAUCUCGACACCGUAGCAGCAUCCAACAAAGACACACCCAUGGGCAGCAACGCAGAUGGUCUGUAUCGAGGUGCCAAGUCCUACUCUUCCUACAUAGCCGCACGCGAUGACGGCACUUCCUCCAAGAUGCGUUCCCGUGGGCCUAUUCGUCAAACCACUACAGUCCGAACGACAUCACUGAUGGACUACCAACCCGACAUCUGCAAAGACUACAGAGAGACAGGCUACUGCGGCUUUGGAGAUACAUGCAAGUUUUUGCACGACCGAUCCGAUUAUCUUGCUGGCUGGCAAUUGGACGUUCUGCCGAACAGCUCUUCUCGGACACGCGAGAAUAUUCUCUCCGAUCCAGAGGGAUCAGAAGGAGAAAAGGAAGAAGAGGAGGUGCCGUUCGCAUGCUUGAUAUGCAGACAACCUUUCAGAGACCCGAUUGUGACACGGUGCGGGCACUAUUUUUGCUCAGCAUGUGCUAUCAAACGUUUUGCGAAGAACUCAAAGUGUUUCGCAUGCGGUGCUCAGACAAGUGGGCUGUUCAACUCGGCGACAAAAGUGUUGGACAAGUUGGAGAAGGCUAAAAAGAGGAAGGCUCAGGCCAAGGCGGAGAAGGACAACUGGAAGAGAGUCGACGAUGUGCAGCCAAUAACAGAGCUUGGAGCCAGCAGCGAUGAUGAUUGA